GAGAGAGAGAGAGAGAGACAGAGAGAGAGAGAGACGAGAGAGAGAGAGAGAGAGAGAGAGAGAGACAGAGAGAGAGAGAGAGAGAGAGAGAGAGACAGAGAGAGAGAGAGAGACGAGAGAGAGAGAGAGAGAGAGAGAGAGAGACAGAGAGAGAGAGAGAGAGAGAGAGAGAGAGACAGAGAGAGAGAGAGAGAGAGAGAGAGAGAGAGAGAGAGAGAGAGAGAGAGAGAGAGAGAGAGAGAGAGAGAGAGAGAGAGAGAGAGAGAGAGAGAGAGAGAGGAGAGAGAGAGAGAGAGAGAGAGAGAGAGAGAGAGAGAGAGAGAGAGAGAGAGAGAGAGAGAGAGAGAGAGAGAGAGAGAGAGAGAGAGAGAGAGAGAGAGAGAGAGAGAGAGAGAGAGAGAGAGAGAGAGAGAGAGAGAGAGAGAGACGAGAGAGAGAGAGAGAGAGAGAGAGAGAGAGAGAGAGAGAGAGAGAGAGAGAGAGAGGAGAGAGAGAGAGGAGAGAGAGAGAGAGAGAGAGAGAGAGAGAGAGAGAGAGAGGAGAGAGAGAGAGAGAGAGAGAGAGAGAGAGAGAGAGAGAGAGAGAGAGAGAGAGAGAGAGAGAGAGAGAGAGAGAGAGAGAGAGAGAGAGAGAGAGAGAGAGAGAGAGAGAGAGAGAGAGAGAGAGAGAGAGAGAGAGAGAGAGAGAGAGAGAGAGAGAGAGAGAGAGAGAGAGGAGAGAGAGAGAGAGAGAGAGAGAGAGAGAGAGAGAGAGAGAGAGAGAGAGAGAGAGAGAGAGAGAGAGAGAGAGAGAGAGAGAGAGAGAGAGAGAGAGAGAGAGAGAGAGAGAGAGAGAGAGAGAGAGAGAGAGAGAGAGAGAGAGAGAGAGAGGAGAGAGAGAGAGAGAGAGAGAGAGAGAGAGAGAGAGAGAGAGAGAGAGAGAGGAGAGAGAGAGAGAGAGAGAGAGAGAGAGAGAGAGAGAGAGAGAGAGAGAGAGAGAGAGAGAGAGAGAGAGAGAGAGAGAGAGAGAGAGAGAGAGAGAGAGAGAGAGAGAGAGAGAGAGAGAGAGAGAGAGAGAGAUCGUGCAGUGACACUUACAGUGAAACAGUUUGACACACAAGUGAAGUUUGCUGAUGACACAGCAGUGGUGGGGCUCAUCAUGAACAACGAUGAGUCCAACUACAGAAGGGAGGAAACCUAUGCCCCUUCUCCUCUGUACAUCAAUGAAGAUGCAGUGGAGAUUGUUUCCUGUCUUAAAUACCUGGGAGUCCAGAUCCUGAACAGUCUCAGCUGGUCUAACAACACCAGUUGCACAGUGAAAAAGGGACACCAACGCCUAGACUUCCUUAGGCGCCUCAAAAAAGCAGGUGUGGGCCCCUCUGUCCUGAAGGUCUUUUACAGGUGUGUGGUGGAGAACAUCCUCACCACCAACAUGACUUCAACAUGUCUGUCCGGUGGCUGUGGAGUCAUUUGCCUUUUCCGCCUUUGGACCAUCUUCAGCCGCCAUGAGAUGUACCUGAUCCACCCACAGCAUCAUAGAAGUGCUCCUUAA